CCUCACCGCAACGUCCCCCCACCUCGCUGGUCACUCUUGUCUCACGCUGCGCCAUGCUGCACGCUACCGCCAAGCAGCUGCGCAUGUCGCUCGCGCGCGGCGUGCGGCAGACGGCGGCAGCGCAUGCCCGGCCUCGCGCCGUGCCGCUCCUCGCUGCCUUGCCUGCUCGCGCUGCCUCUUCAUCGGCAGCAGCCGCUUCAGCGCGCGUCGCAGCCGAACCUCUGCUGCGGCAGCCACGACCUCCCAUGAGCACUCCUCAGCGCCGCACUUUGGCUCAGCAUGCGCCGGCACCAGUGCCCACGGCCAGCGCUGGUGCGGCUGCGUCGCUGCCAGUAGCACUGCGCACUCGCAAUCUUCUCGCCCAAACGGCACAGCUGCUCGACGACCGGUGGGCAUCACGCUGUCUCGCCGCAUCGGACAGGCUGCUGCCUCAGCAUCUCGCUUCCGAGCAGGGUCGCAGAGCCAGAGUUGCUGUCAUCGGCGCAUCAUCUUCUGGCACCGCCGAGCUCGUGACUGCGCUGCUGGACGACCCGCUCUCGACGCAGUCGCACCGGCUCUCUCUCACUGCACCCACGUCUGGUGAUGCAGAGCUCGGCGAGGUACUUGACCCGCUGCGGGCACUGCGCGAGCGGCAUACUCGGCGGCUCGGCAUGGAGGAAGGCGCUCUGCGGCUUUUGUACGGCGAGCAGCCAGGCCUGACGCAGCGAGUGGACGAGGUGACGCUGCCGCUCGACUGGCUGCGGACGGCCAAUGUCGAGCUCGUCGAGGUGCUCGACCCACGCUCCGACGAGGCCAUGCUCGACCUGCUGUACUCUUGCGACGCGCUCGUCUUCACCAUCUCGGCCUCCGAGCUCUCGCGGAGCGCCACGCUAGGCCCCCGCGCCGCAGAGGCCGAUCCGACGCUCUCGCUGCUCUCUCACUUUGCCUCAAAGCCCGGCACACGGCUGGCCGUCAAUCACGAUGGCGUGCCGCCGGCGGCCGGCACGCCGCCAGCACAGGCGUGGGACGUGAUGCUUGACUCCGCUGUCGGCCAGGAGGCCGGCCAUGCGCUGCGCAGACACGCUGCCGAGCCGGUGCAGCACGUCAAUGCUGCAUUGGCCGCGCGUGCCAACGACGCGCUGCGACGAGCACUCGAGACUCAAGCUGGCGCGGCAACGAGCGGCAGCGGCGAUGCACUCGAGCUGUGGGAGACGUUCCGCAGCUUCUCGUCUGCAGCACGGCUGCAGCCUUUGCACAGCCUUCUCAUCUCGCCGCCGGUCCUGCCUGCGUUCCAGCAGGCCGGAGACGACGCACGAGAGGCGCUGCUGCUUCAGACAGCCGGUGUCGUCUCGCAGCACGCCAUCGACGAAGCGGCCGCUGUGCUGUACGAGGCACGGGAGGAAGUGCGUCGUGCCGAAGGCUUGGCGACUGUCCUGCAUGGCGACGCCGACGCCAGCAUCGCCAGUCUGCGCGAGGCCAUCCUUGCGGCACCGGCGGCGGGCGAGGGCGACGACAGCAGCAUGAUCAGCAGCGCAACCAAGGUCCAUCUGCGUGCCGGUGACCGCAGCCACGCCGCGCUCGGUGUGCUCUCCGACUCGGGUGCGGAGCUGGAGCAGACCUUCUCGCGGCGACUGCCGUGGUGGAAGCUCGGCUGGAAGGUGGACGAUGUGCGCGCAGAGGUCGAGGCCGGCGUGAUGCGCAGCUUCGCAAAGGAUCUCGAGGAGAAGCUCAUUUUCGAGGCCGGCCGUCUUCUCAGCGUCGCCGAAGCACAAUCGCGGAAGACGUUCGAGUCUCUCGACACGCUCACCCAGCCCCUCUCGUCGCGGUCGAAGGGCAAGACCGAGGAUCGAGGUGCUCGCACCAACUCUGUCUUCGCAUCGGCAGUGCUGCGGAACACCGUCAGCCAGCACACGCUUGCCAGCGCUCGUACGGCUCUCAAGCCACGGGCGCUGGCCGAGCCCAUCUCUGCCCGCCGCGCGCAGCUCUUCGCACCUGGCGGGCCGGUCGACGUUCUCGUCGCUCGGGCGCAAGCACUCGUCGUCUCGACGUACCUCAGCGCGGCAAUUGUGAUCGGCGCCAGCGUCGCCUCCGCGCACGCCACGAGCCCGGUGCUCGCACGCACGCCGCUCGGCCAAGCGCUCCCUGACGUGCUCUCGAGCUUUGCGCUCACGUCAAGCACGGCCACGGGCGUGGCGGCGCUCGGCUGCCUGCUGCUGGCAUGGCGGCUGCAGGGUCGCUGGGGCAAGGCGAAGCGCAAGUUCUGGCAGGACUGGGACCGUCUCGCUCAGGGCCUGGAUGCCGACCUCGAGGCCAAGGUCGAAGAUAUGCUCCGGGCUCAUGUCUUUGCGCAGCCACUGUCGGCCGCAGAGGCAUUGCGCAAGCUCGCAGCACAGCGCUCGACGGAGCUUGAGGCUCACGCAAGCGCGCUCCGCCACACAGCUGCCGAGGCACGAGCCCUGCAGCCGGUCGCUGCUCUCACUGCGGAGUUGUCUGCUCCUGCUGAUGCAGCAGACGCCUCAGGGCCCCGGCAAUCUCGCUCGCAGCCGGCGAUAUGAGCGGGCUCGGCGGCAAUGCACCACAUACAAACGCGUUCUUGC